GCGGCGGCCUCGCUGCCGCCUCGCUGCCCUUUGAAGGCGUUUGUUAUCCGCAGCAUUUCGCUUCAAGAGACGAAUUUCUGUAUGUGUCAAGUUCCGAUGAGGAAGACAGAAACUGCUCGAGACUAUAAAGCAAUCAGCAAAAUAGGAGAGGGAACGUUUUCUGAAGUUAUGAAGAUGCAGAACCUGAGAGAUGGAAACUACUAUGCAUGUAAACAAAUGAAACAGCACUUUGAAAGUAUCGAGCAAGUGAACAGUCUGCGAGAGAUACAAGCCCUGAGGCGCCUGAAUCCACACCCAAACAUCCUCACGCUGCACGAAGUGCUUUUUGACAGAAAAUCUGGUUCUCUUGCGCUAAUAUGUGAACUUAUGGACAUGAAUAUUUAUGAGCUAAUUCGAGGGCGAAGACAGCCGUUAUCAGAAAAGAAAAUUUCGCGCUAUAUGUACCAGUUGUGUAAAUCCCUUGAUCACAUGCACAGAAAUGGAAUAUUUCACAGAGAUGUAAAACCAGAAAAUAUAUUAAUAAAGCAGGAUGUCCUGAAGUUAGGGGACUUCGGGUCCUGCCGGAGCGUCUGUUCUAAGCAGCCGCACACAGAGUACGUCUCCACCCGCUGGUACCGGGCCCCGGAGUGUCUGCUCACCGACGGCUUCUACUCCUACAAGAUGGACCUGUGGAGCGCGGGCUGCGUGCUCUACGAGAUCGCCAGCCUGCAGCCGCUCUUCCCUGGAGCCAACGAGCUGGACCAGAUCUCAAAAAUCCACGACAUCAUGGGCACGCCUGCUGCAAAGACCCUCAGCAAGUUCCAACAGUCGAGAGCUGUGAGUUUCGACUUUCCUUUUACAAAGGGGUCAGGAAUCCCUGUGCCAACGGCCAGUCUGUCCCCGCAGUGCCUCUCGCUCCUGCGCGCAAUGGUGGCCUAUGACCCCGAUGACAGGGUCACUGCCCACCAGGCCCUGCAGCAUCCCUACUUCCGAGAGCAGAGGGCAGCUGAGAAGCAGGCCAGCCACGGGAGGAGAGUCACGGCCUGCUUUCCAGAGCGCCCCGUGGCCCCCGAGCUCCUCAAGCAAACCUGGCAGAUGUCCACGGCGGGCAGGAAGCAGAAACAGCCCCUGCGGCCAGAGGAGGGCCGCCCCCGGAGACAGGGGCCCGCCUGCCUGGUGGAGCUGCCCAGACUCCAGCUUUCGGGGGGGACCACGCUGUCGUCUUACGCCAGCCCCGCGCUGCAGUCCAUGUUUGCCCCGGGAGCCGACGGGAAGGUCCCGGUGCUGAGACCCCCGAAGUUCAUGGGCGCGAGCCAGAAGGCUUGGUGUCACCGAGGGCUCCGCACGUUUCGCCUCGUGGUACGACGUCACCAAGAGCGUCGUGGCGUGUGUGGCUGGCAGGCUGGAAUUGGAGCCCCUGACGCGCAUGAAAGGAUGAGCUCUCGUUGCUGCUUCUCCCUUUGCCGACUGUCCGUUCCUCCUGUUUGAGCCCGUCAGGGACUGAUUUUGUUGGAAAGGCUUUGGUGCAGCUCCGCUGUGGGAGGAAGCGGGCCUGCCCUCCAGCACUUGGUGCCCCCUGGCCCAGGGCAGGUCACGUGUUGGCGUCGAGGUCCAGCUCUGUCCCGUGGGUAGAGGGCAGGGCACUCAUGCCAGCCCUGGGGCGCCCAGCUCCGUCUGUGGGCGGCCAGCAGGGGGUUGGGCACAAGGCACGGGAAGAACCUGUUUCCCCGUGGGGGCGGACGAGGCCCAGAGGCAGUGGCACCGGGCGCGGCUGGGCUAGGCCACUGGGCAGAGGAGACCCCGUGAAAGCGCCUUUUUGUCUUGGUCUGUCGCCUCGUGGUUAGUGUUCCUUCUUUUUCUCAUCUCCUCAAACUUCCAGCGGUAAAAAACAGAUUUCCCAGGUUAGUCUUUAGUCUUAUUCCAUCUUUAAGACAGAUGGGUGACGCCCUCCAGUGACCCCAGCCCUUCUGGGGGGCUGUGAGGGGGGCCACGUCCCAGGCGGGGCUGGGGAGGUGGGCGUGGCCUCGGGUGCAGCCAGUGGUUCCAGUGGCGGGGGCGGGGGACCCGUGGGUGGGGCCGCCUGGGGCCCCGGAGCCAUCUGAAGGCCAGACUGACGGGAGGGUGGGGAAGCACUUCCUUUUAGAGCCAUCGCAGCCGUGUGAGGACGAGGCAUCGGGGCAGGAAGGGCGCCCAGGAGCCCGCAGCGGGGGCCACUGAGAGCGUCCCCCGCACAGAGGGGGGCGGGGCGUGCGUGGCUGCCGUCCUCGAGGGCAGGCUGCAAGUGCAGGCCACCUAGGGAGGGUUGGGGAGAUGUUCCCCCCUUUAAAUAUAUCAACAGCUUCGAAGAUUCUCCGUGUUCCAUUUUGAGAGAGCAAACUCGUCCCUCCCCACAGCCGGUGCGGGCCAGGUGCUCUCUGGGGCGGCCCUUGGCAGGUCCUCCUGCCCCAGGAGGGGGCUGGCAUAUCAGCUUCUGCAGGUCAAGUCCAAGGUCCCAUUGGCACCUGGGGGCGUCCUGUGUCUACACUGCCUGCUCCUGGCGGGGAGCUGAUGCCGUGCAGCCCGACAACAACGGGCAGGCAGGGGCUGAAGCACAGGAGGCCGCCUGGCCCUGCUGCCUGGAGCCCUGGCGGGGUCUUCGCCCAGCACAAGCCGGAGGAUUGUGAGCCAGGCUCCGGGUUGAGCUGUUGGAUGGCCCCCGCGGCCCUGGAUGCGCCCCCACAGAGCCUCAGGAGGAAGCGGGCCGUGGUCUCCAAGCUCCUCCUCCACCACCCCAGCGGGUUCUCCCAGCCCAGGGCCCAGCUUGUGCCAGAGAGGGGACAUCCAGCACUGACAGCUCCCAUGCUGAGACGAGGCGGGCGGGGGCUUGGGCACAGGGGAUCCAACUGGCGGCUGCGGCGUUGCUCAGCCUGCCCACAGGGGAGGAAAAGCUGAGGGCCCCGGCGGGGAGGGUCGGCCAGCAAGCUGGCUGCAGGGUCCAGGCUGAGCCAGUCCACCCGGGAUGGCCUCCUCCUCUUGGCUUCCCUCAUGCCCACCCCGUGCCCCACGCGGGGAGCCUGCGUGGGGAAGCGUGAGACAGGGAGCUCGGGCACAAAGGGUGCGGGGAGCAGAGCCCGCCUCCUUCCGCGGCUUCUGGAGGUGGGGGCCACCCUGGGCCCAGUGCCACCUGCUGCGUGGGGACAGUUUCAGGCUGGCUGAUUUGGGACGUCGUCUUGGACCAUGCGGCCAGGGGCCAGUUAGGAACCAAGCCCCCCAAAUAGCCAUUCCUCACACGGAGGCGGCGACAGCAGACGGCACAGCAGAGCUGGGCGCGGGGCGACACACGGUGGGCAGGGCGGGACUGGCCACCCCGCGCAGCGACCGUCUCGGGGCCCAUGGACCUCCGCACUGCUGUCCUGGUGCCAGCCAGGUCCUGCUAGUCCACGGGAGGGUCACGUGGGCCAGACUCCUGGACUCGAGUUUCUGGGGCGGCCCUUCUGAUCUCCAGAAACACGCGUGGCUCCCCUGUAAGUCGUCUUGGAAGCACUUAGAGACCAGUGCUGUGACGAAGAGGACAAACACCAAAUGCUGACUAUCUCAAAUGCGAUGCUUUUUCUUCCGCGGCCACACCCGCGGCACAUGGAGCUUCCCAGGCGAGGGGUCGAAUCGGAGCUGUAGCCGCCGGCCGACACCACAGCCACAGCCACGGCAGAUCCUUAACCAACGGUGCAAGACCAGGGAUCGAACCUGCGUCCCCAUGGUUACUAGUCAGAUUCGUUCCUGCUGCGCCACGACAGGAACUCCCAAAAAUGUGCCGAUGUUUCAGUAGCAAGGCUAUUCUGCACGCGUGUGAUACCUAAGUUCCGAUUCUCUCACUUAAAAUGGGGGGGUAUCUUGGUGAGCGGCGGUCUUCACCUCCCCUGCAGGCUCCCACGUGCUCUGACGGAGGCCAGGCUGGUGGCGGGAGCUCCUGCUGGAGCAGCCCUGGGCCAGCGGUGGGGGCUGGGCGUGGGGCAGGGAUGCCCCUGGGCUCUGAGAAGGAAGCCAAGACCAGGCCACGAGAGCUUUUUUGAAACGGUAACAUUAUCCCGUUGCUGGUUCACAUAGAUGAUGAAAAUGGGCGAGUAACCUUUUCUAGCCUAAACUCACUUGGCCAUGCCCGCAAUUUAAUGGGAUCACUCAGAAAUGUGUUUUAGGUGAUACUUUAAGGUUUAGAGUCUCAUUGAUAAAAAGGCCUUCAAAGGGUUCGAUGGUAUAUGACUUUGGGGACGUUAUUUUUUGGCUGCCCCAGUGGCACUGCAUUAGUUCCUGGGCCAGGAACUUAACCGCUAGGCCAACAGGGAACUCCUUUGUAUGACUUUUUUGAACGGAGAGAAGUUCCUCUGUUGGCAGCUACACGUCGCUAGGGUUCUAGUAACUUGUAGCAUCGACCAGUAGGAGGGGCCUGAUCUGAGCUCAGCUCGCUCAGCAGCUGGUUUCAACCAAGUAAACUCCCAUGCAACGUCCUCAGCUUUUCCCCGUGUCGUGGACAUCACUCUGUACGGUGUUCGAUACUCACCAUACAGAGUCAUGUGCACUCCUAGGCUUGCAGUGACAGACAUGGACCGGCGGGCUGCAAGCUUCGAGAACCUGGCGCGCCGGAACUGCGGCUGGUGUACGUGUGCCUCUGCCCACCAGGCCAGAGACGGGGAGUCUGCGAGAAGGGGCAAGAAAACCCGAGAACUCU